AUGUUCGCCCGCCUCUCCCUACUCGUAUUGCUUCUCACGGCCAGCUUCGGUGCCGCUUCACCUUCUUCAAUUAAAGCCGUGGCUACUCCAACAAUGCCUUCGUCUUCCCCCCUUAAGAGGACGACACGAACUACCCUCGUCAAAAGAAGCGGUAACAGCACGCGUGUCGCCCGCUCCUUACCCCUCCUACCUAUCCUUGGCGAAAUUCUGCCGAUUUCCGCCAACUUAAGGGUCGAUAUCUGUCUGGAUCUCUCAGUCAAAGUUCUUGGAAUUGCGAGUGUCAAUGUUUUUGCAACUGCUGCUUUGGCAACCAGUAUCACGUCGAGAGGAAUUUCAGUGGACGAACUAGCCGUUGUCCAAGCUUCUCUAGCCGCUCAGCUGGCAGAUGUAGCGCGAGUGUCAACUACCGCCUGGGCUUGCGAGCAAGCUUGUACCUCUGAUGUCUGUAGCAGUUAUGCCUUCGAUCGAUUUUCCCAUACCUGCACACUUGCUCCGAAACAGUUGACCACCAAAUCCAAUGUUCUAGCGAGGCUCAUCGCCCAGCUUUCUUUACUUGGACCUAGCUCUGCGCGCUAUUGUCAACUCUGCGCCAAUCGUUGUCAGCCAGCCAGCAGCACGCCCAGUGCUAUGUCGAGGUUGCCCAAACGUGAGAUUAGUCCUGUUGGGCACUGCCCCAGUGGAUACGAUGCCUGCCCUUUCAGUCCGUUCUCCACCUCUCGAGGCUAUGAAUGUAUUACCCCAAAUGAGCUAGAGCAUUGUGGUGGUUGUUCCACUACUGGAGAGGGGGUAGACUGCAACACCAUAGUCGGUAUUAAAAACCCGGGAUGCUCGCUAGGUCAAUGUAUUGCCUUUGAAUGCGAAGAAGGAUACUAUCUUUCGUCAGACAAGACAUGUAUUCAACGUCUUUAA